AUGGUUUUCUGGGAGUUGAUCAGUGAGUUCUUAUUGUUCUCUCCAAAUUUGUUUUUUUUUUGAUUUUUUUAAAUUCAGAUUUUUCGUGCUUUCUGGUUAUUUGAUGUGCUCAAUUCUUUCCAGAAAUGCUCAAAAUAAAAAUCAAUCAAUAACUUCAAAAAUUCUGGAUUUUUACCAACGGAGACUUUGUCGGAUUCUUCCAAAUUAUUAUUUUCUAAUUUUAAUCAAUAUUUUUCUAUUGAUUUUUUCUUCAAUUUUUCCUGACACAUUCAUUGAAACAAAUCAAAAAUCAGCAAAACUAUCAAUAUUUUUCAUUUCAAAUGAUUUUUCGAAUUUGGAAGAUGAUUAUUAUAUUCUGCUGAAAAUUGCUGAGAAUCUUUUCACACAUACUUGGUCACUUUGUGUUGAAAUUCAAUUUUAUUUUAUGAUUCCUCUAGUUUUCUAUGCAUUGUCGUCUUUUGAUGACUCACAUGAGAAGAAAUAUCGAUUAUUUAUGAUUUACCUUCUUUUCUCAAUAAUCUCAUUGAUUUUUUAUUUGAUUUCACCAAGAAGCACAGCAUUUUAUAGUGUUUUCGCGAGAAUUUGGCAAUUUUUCGCGGGAUUUUUAGUGUAUUUUUGGUCUGAAUUUGAGAGUGGAAAUGGCGAAGAUUCAGAAAAACUGUUAACUUCUGAGAAAAAAAGUUCUGAAGGUGAAAAAGAGAAAAAAAAUUAUGAGAGUUUACAAGCUUGGUUAUUAUUAGUUACAAUUUUAAUGCUUUUUGUUGGUUUUGAAUAUCCCGAAAGGAUUGUAAGGUAAAUGAAAGGCAUAUAUUUCAUUUUACAGGGAUCACUAAAGUCUAUCAUUUAAAUUAGUCUUUUUUUCACAUUUUCAAUUUUUCAGAAUUGCUAUGACAAUAAUAACCGCCUUGUUAAUAUUAAUCGCUGAAAACAAUUUAAUAUUAUCAAAUAAGUAUAUGAUUUAUAUUGGAAAUAUUUCAUAUUCUCUAUAUUUAAUUCAUUGGCCAAUUUAUUGUUAUUCAAAAUUCUACGAGUUACCUCAACUCCCGUUUUUAAUGCUAUCCAUUUUUUUGGGAAUUUUAAUCUAUGAAUUUUAUGAGAAAUGGUAUACAACAAAAAUCGAUAGAAAAUCACAAAUGAUAUUAUCAACGGUUUUAUUGGUUUUUUGUGUUCUAGCAAUAUGGAGAAGAGAAAUUCUGAAUAUUUAUACGAAACAGGAGAAAUCGAAAAGUUUUUGGGUUGGAGAUUCCAAAAAAUUGAGUUUGGACAAAAUAAUGGAAUUGAAUACAGAGUGGACUUCACGGGAAAUGGAAUUUCUAGAGUAUGAAGAAUGCGAUUAUAAAAAUCAGGAUUUGAAGCCAUUUGGAUUAUGCCAUUUCAAAGUGAGCUAUGACGUGGAAAUUAUGAAAAACAGUUUAGACAUGGAUUCAGAACAAAUUAAUACCUUGGCAUAGGCUUUAAAUGUAAAUUUAGAUUUAUCCAAAAGCUUAUGCUUAUUUGGUAUCAAACAAACAAAGAGUUCCAUACAGUAACUAAAGCCUGUUUGAUAAAAAAAUUCUAAUUUUGCUUCUAAAUUUUAUAGUAAUCUAGUAAAGAAUGUCUUCUUUCCAGAAUCUCUCUUCGACUGCUCCAUUGAAAAUUCUGAUUAUUGGAAAUAGUUAUGCAAUGAACUUUGCGCCAUUAAUUUUGAAAGCAUGCGGCCAAAAAUCUAAUCUUAUUUGGCUUGCUUCAGAAUCUAGUUGUGAUUUUUUAUAUCCAGCCUAUUCAGAAAGAAAAUGCCAAAAUAUGUUCGAAAACCCGUAUGAAACAAUUCAAAAAAUGCAAUUCGAUUAUAUUUUUUUGAUUUCGAAAUGUGGAAAUUAUUGUGAAAAUGAUAAUUCGGAAAAUGCGGGAAUCGACAUCAACUUAGAGUUUGCCAAAUCACAAAUUGCGAGAAUUAAAAACUUUGUGAAGCGCAAAAUUUUCAUCAUGAAAGCUGUGACAAUUCCGGACGGAAUUAUAAAUCUUAACAAGUUUUUGAAAAAUGGAUCAAGUUUUGAUAAAAUUGAUGUGAGUUAUGAAAACGAAUGGGCCUGCGAAAUCGGACUUUACUCAAUUCCUGAGUCACCGAGCCAAAAAUCCCACGAUUCAUUUUUUUCAGAAGUACUAUUCAACUCGAUUAAAACAUCACAAAAAAAUCGGCGAUGUUCGCCAUCAAAAACUUGCCGAAUUUUGCGGCUCAAAAUGUGAGCAUUUCGACGCAUUUGAAAAUUUUGCUCGAAAUCCCUAUGCUCCGGAAAUAUUUCGAUUUUUUGAUGACCGUGGUUUGAGUUAUAUGGCUGGAGGUGGCCAUUUUCCACCGUAUUCUUGGCCAAAAAUUCAGCCGAUUUUUGAUAGAAUUUGUGAGAAAAUGUAG